AUGUCCGAUCCCACAGCCGUCAUUGCUCCCGCCCAAAUGCAAGCGGCAUCCUCAACGCCCUUUCAAGACAUGGUAGAAGACGAUGAUAUGAAUAGCGACGAAAAGCAAGCAUCUGUCGUGCUCGAUCGUGUGCGUUGCACUGUAGGACCGCUUACUUUGGUGAAAGAUAGACAAGCACAACAAGCCGAUGUAGAGAGUCAGAAGCGAUCUUCUUCAUGGAAGCCAUUUCUAGAAGACGGACCGAGGCGGAGUUUCUCAUAUGUAUUGAGACAUGAAGCGGAUAACAGUGCUGGAAUAAUUGACGGGGUCAAAGAUGAUCCCAACAAUUUGCCUUCACCUACGUCAACCUCGUCCAGUAACAGCAGCCUUCCUCGCCCUCGUUUCUCAUCUUUCGAGCUAGCUCGUUGGUUUCGGGAGCUUCAUCCUGAUGCACUUGGUGUGAAUACGACUGGAGCUUGGACUGAUGCGCAUUAUAAAGGGAAGCUGUUGUUGAGGAAAACGGCUUGGCACGUCUUGAAUCCGGAGUGUGAGUGCGAAUAUGGCUAUAGCGACACGUGGCAGAUGCGAAUAACGAACGAAAGGAUGAGAGACCUGCUUAUGAAGAGGAUUUCUAAUCCUAUCAUUUACUUGGGACCUUGCAUGUAUUAAGGGUACUAGGUUAAAGGUGUUCGUGUUACCGUUCGUUUUGCCUUCCUGAAGGGGGAAAGGCAUAACGAACGGGGUAAACGUACACCAAAAACCUACCUCUAAAUGUACUACCUUCUCUUAUACUGGAGUCAAUAGCUCUUGUUUCUUGAAGAGAGAACAUGAGUUCACCUACAACUGACCACGUGAAAAUGACCUAGAAAAUUGAGUGUGGAAGCAGUAACCCAAGCGCGCUUUGUUGCCUGUUCGUAACAACUGCUGGAUAGGACGCCGAGGCCUGCAGAGAGAACAGCGAAACAAAAGCAGAGCGAUAUAAAAAGUGAACGAGUCAAUCACCUCAGUUCCAACACGCUAACGCUAGCUAUGCCUAUAGCUCACCCUUCUUCAUAGCUCUAAUCCAUUGUCAGAGAUGUCACAGCGUGUCUUCGAAGUUUGCGGUUUAGAUGGAGAUGAUCUAAACUCAGUGAACUUAAACUAUUAUCCUCGUGGUGGGGGAGUCGGGUUUCAUGCGGAUGACGAGUUCCUCUUCGAUGGACUCAAUCGAGAUGCAUGCAUUGUGUCUUUGUCAUUGUGUGGGGCCAGUGGUAGUGAGGAGGAGGAGGAGGACAAAGGAGCAGGUGCAGGUGGCACUGCUCCACUAGACGAUGAAGGUGGUGGAAAAAAUGGUGGUGGAAAUAACCCAGAAAACAAGACACCAACGACUGGAAGUGAAGAAGAACAAGGUGGUUCUCGAAAAUUUCAAGUACGAUUGAAAAAGGCUUUCGCGGGUCGUGAUCCAAAAAUCCACGAAGUCGUUUUAAACCACGGAGAUUUGAUGACCAUGGAAGGACUCUUCCAGCUUUACUAUCUCCACUCAGUUUGGCCUGGUGACGAUACGGCGCAACAAGAUCAUCCUUUGACACAGGGGGAGCGCAUCAAUCUGACGUGGCGCAGGAUUACGAGACACUUGGAUGGCUCAGAGGAGUGUAAGCAGUUUAAGUGUCCACUGUCUGAAUCUUCCACAAAUGCUGAUGGAAAGUGAUACAAAUAUGAUGAACAAGAUGAACUCACUCAUGUUGAUCCGACGAAGUAGAAAGAGCACCAAUCACCAGAUUGCCAUGCUUUAUUUUCUCUCUGAUGCGAUUUGAUGUAUUGUAAGUCGCUGUUGUUGCUUUUUUCAAGAAAAAAACAAGAUGAAGAUGUUGAGACUGAUGUGAUGAAGGCCUCCUGCCGCAGUAUCUG